AUGGUGAGUUUCAGGACCAUAAAAGGUGUAUGUAAUACCCAUUUCGUCUGAACUGCAAAGUGUUCACACAAACAGCAACUUCAGCUGCUGCCUUCGGGAAGGAGAGUCUGUGUUGCCAGCAUAUCAAAGAUGAAGACGUCCUUUGGGAUUUUGCUGGUGUCUCUCGUCUUUUGCACAAUGUUCUCGGAGACCAUCGAGCUGGUAAUUGCGGCAAAGGAAAAGAGGGGGUGGACUCUCAAUAGUGCUGGCUACCUUUUAGGUCCCCGUCGGAUUGAUCACCUAAUUCAGAUAAAGGAUUCACCCAGUGCCAGAGGCAGAGACAACCUGAUCACUCAAUAUGGCAUAGAUGGACACAGGAUACUUGGAGACAAGCCUGGUCUUGCUGGCAAGAGAGACAUGGACUGGGAAGAUAACUUCCAAACAGGUGACCAAAGGAAAGCGGAGGAAGACAUUGUCCACACUCUCAUUGACUUCCUGACAUACCUCAAAUAUAAAGAAAUGGGAGCCUUGCAAAGCUUGACUUCUUCUGUGACUUCAGAUGAAAUGGCUAACCCUUAGCCACAUCACCCUCUGCUAUCACACCUUCUCUACCCAUCAUUUUGCUUUUGCUGAAAUAACUUUUGUUCACUUUAGAGCAGGGAUGUCCAAAGUUUAGGUACUCACAUCAAAUGUGAUAUAAGAACAGAUGACAUUAAGACCAGAACGAUAGUAUUUGAUCCUAUUGUGGCAUCCUUGUGGCGAGACCUUACUAAUAUUUGUCAUGCUUCUUUGUGAAAUACAAAAAGAUUUACAAUGGUUCCUCUACUUACGAAAUUAAUUGGUUCUGGAAGAAAC